AUGCCCUUCGGAUCCUCUAAAAUUCAAUCUAAACUUCUCGCUUCCGAGUUUGAUGACGAACCCCCUUUGACACCACUAUAUACUCAUUUUGCCCUUGACACAACUCUCCUUGACCUUCCGUCAUCUUUCCACUCCGAGCCCGCUUCUCCUUCCUCUCUAGCUUCCGCUACGACGACUAAUUCUUUUACACGCUACCUUCCGUCACGCGCCGCUGCUUGGUGGGAAGGAGAGAAGACUUCUCAAACCCAGGGAUCCGUAGUGUAUUCCUGUAUAGAUGGUAUUGAUGAACGUAUUGGGGAAGCACUAGGGCAUAAUGAUGUGAUUGAGAAGACAAACCGAAGGGCUAUGGUGGAGAUGAUUGGAUUAUUUGCCGUGGCUGCAGCGUUGGUUGGUGCUGUGGUGAUUUGUGUGGGAAUUGGUAUGGGCAUGGAUAACGGGAUGGUUGGUUCUGGGAUUAAGGGGAAGGCAUAG